AUUCUACUUACAACACUAGUUAAUGCAAAAUUUCCGUGUCGACAGCAAUCCAAUUACAAAUUGCCGACGUAUAACCUAACUGAUUUGCAGAAGUCGUGGUCAUUCAGCUUGUGAAAAGUCGAAAGCACUUUGGGUUCUAACGUAAAUGUACAAAUAUUUUCAGCAGGACGUAAAGCAGAUUUGCAUCCUACGGAAACGUGGAUGUCGUGGAAAUAUUGUUAGACUGCUGUGGUAUAUUUGAGAACAUUAUUCCUGUAUACUACUGGCUGUGUGCUUAUUACUAAGCCAUGGCGUUGUACAAAAAUGCUUCAGAGAUUCUCGAAAAAGUGGAAAGGAAGAAGGGUACAGUAAAGACGCUGGUUUACGACAGUAAAUUCCAGAAUAUCAAGCAGCUCUUUGCCCUGGUUUGUGAGACACAGAAGUUUUCAUCUGUCAUCCAAGAGAUUAUCGACUCCACUCAGCUCCUCAAAAAGACCAAACUCAAAAUGAAUCUGGCAAAGGUGUUGGUGUAUGACUUGCUGAUUGGCCAAGGGCUUAAAUGUGGCGGUGGCUGGAAGGUCGUGCUGAUGAAGCAUCGCUCCGCACUGCACGCGGCCCUGGCUCGUAUGAAGAUCAAGAAGAAAGUCAGCCGAAACCAGGACCUGCUCCCCAUCGCGGUACAGAACCCCGAAGGCGACGAGCUCCCAAGGUAUGUGCGAGUGAACACGCUGAAGACGAAGGUGGAAGACGUCGUCGACUAUUUCAAGAGGGACGGCUUUUCUUACCAUGGACAAGCCUACAGGCUUGAGGACUUGACCACCCUGAGAGGGAAAACCUUUGUAGGUGAUCUGCAUCUGUCAGACCUGUUAGUUUUUGCAGCCAAAACAGAUUUCCACGACCAUUAUCUGUACAAAGCUGGUCACAUCAUACUGCAGGACAAGGCAAGCUGUCUUCCAGCGUACCUCCUGAAACCUCCCGCUGGCAGCCACGUCCUCGACGCUUGUGCCGCCCCUGGGAAUAAAACAAGCCACCUUGCUGCCAUCAUGAACAACACAGGGAAACUGUUUGCCUUCGACCUGGAUGCCAAGCGCCUGUCCACGAUGUCCACUCUCCUGCUUCGUGCAGGAGUCACAUGUCAGCAGCUGGCCAAUGAGGACUUCUUAAAGGUGGACCCGCACAGCACCCUGUAUAAAGAUGUUCAGUACGUUCUACUGGACCCAUCGUGUAGUGGAUCAGGAAUGGUCUCUUUGAAGAAUGAGGCCUCGUCCCAGACGGCGCAGGACAAGCGUCUGCAGGCCCUAGCAGCCUUCCAGCUGCGCUGUCUGAACCACGCCCUGCGCUUCCCGCGCCUGCAGCGCCUCGUCUACUCCACCUGCUCCGUCCACACUGAGGAGAACGAGCAGGUGGUGGCCGCCUGCCUGCAGGACAACCCUGGCUUCAGGCUGGUGUCAGUGCUUCCACAGUGGCCAGAGCGCGGCCUGGCCCCUCUGACCCAGUGCCUGCGAGCGAGCGUUGCCAAGACUCACACCCACGGCUUCUUCGUGGCUCUGCUGGAGAGGCACACGGCUGAGAGCAAAGUCCAGGUCACCCCGACAAUUCUCCCAGUCACCGAGUCGAGUUCAAGUUUGCCACUCGGCGAGGAGAAACCAGGCGCUGAAGAGCCCAUCAUCAAAGAACUUGAACCUACAGAUAUGCAGACAGACAGCUCAGCAAGAAAGAAGACUAAGAAAAAGAAGAAAAAGAAGACCAAAGUUCAGUGAUAACUGUCAUCUGCUAGGGUAUGCCAACAGACACGGCAAUACAACCAUGGUUCUGUCAACGUUUUCAAAUCCUUCUGUCCAAUCUCAAUUAGCCCUUGUUACCUCAGUUGGACUUUUCAAUGUAGGCAUCAUAUCUUGCCCAUGUCUCGAAUAAACAUUUGAAACCGAG